UCUACAAAGAACAUGCUCUCCUGGAACGAUUCAUAGAGAUAAUUCCUUUUGUUUUUCUGUGUUAAGGUAUAAUAUUGAUGUUAUUCUAUCGCGAAAAUGCUAAAUGCCUGAGGUGCGCACAGAAACGAAAUUAGGCUGAUCAAUGCGCAUGUUUAAAUUCCUGCUUCCUGUUCGUUUCAGAGAAAAUAUUUCUGGACAACUUUACUGAUUUGCAGUGUUGUUAUUGUAAUUAUGUAAGCAGAUGAUCAGAGACGGGAUGAUGACAUGCUCCAAGACCAUCAAAGAGUGGCUAGCGGAGUUUAAGCGCCUACCGACAGACGCUACGGUUAUAUACAAUUAUGCAUGUGCCCUACGUGACAAUGAUGCCAUAUAUGAAGAACUGAUUGACUUCCUCAAUUCCGAGACUGAUUAUGAGGUACUAGAUCCAGUAUGUCACCAGCUGUUUGAGUUCUAUAGGUCAGAGGAACCCCUACUACGUAGGUUUACAUUAGAACUAGUCCCGACCCUCAUCACUGCCUAUCUGAUUGCACACUCUAACAACCAACUGAAGUUUUUCAAUAUAAGGAACAACAAUAGAAAAAAGAAGCAGAGAAGCAGCGGAAUAGAAGCUUGUUUACUGGCGAUAUAUAACUUGGAGGUGGUCAAUGUAGAUGGAACUCCAAGAGUGAAAACACUUACAAUUCCCAGCCUGGCUAAACCAUCACUUUACCAUGAGCCUACCCAACUUUCACAGCUGUCCCUCACAGAGACAUCUCUGUCCCAGUAUGCACAUGGGGAGCCUCAGAUCAUCACCAUUGGCCCAAACCCACAGGUGGAGUGCAUCAAUGCACAAAAUAGGCUACAGGUGCUAACCUACAUUCUCCAGAGAUUCAACAGUGAUGUGGUCAACCUCAGCUCUUUCUGCCACCAGUCAUUAUGCAAAAACUGUUCAAGGCUUGUGAACACAGGGUUCGAGAAUAUAGAUGGUAUGACAACAUCCCCAUCUAUGACAUCACAUUCCGCAGGGUCUCCAAGUGGAAGACGUCAGUCCAAAGUCCAGUUCCAGCCAUCACCGCCUCGAAUUUCACUCAACUCUGGCUUAUUAUUAGAGAUGCUUAAUGGGAUCUAUUUUGCAAUGUUCAAUGGUCAGACGAGAAAAGGGAAAGCAGCCUUAGAAGAUAUACAUAAAAGAGCUAGUUAUGAACUCUACAGUGACGUACUACUGAUUACAAAUGCAGUUAAGAAUUCCCUUCAGUUCAACCCAUCAGGUCAGCCAGAGGAUGGGCCAAUGGGUGUGGCUAUUGCAGUCACGCCAUCUACUUCUUCAACUAGCGUUAGUAAAGCUGCUAUCACCAAUGCUUCCUUCAGAGCAAAGAAACUGCCUGAUGAUAUCGCACUCCAAGAAGAUGUAAGUGACCUACCACCAAAAUAUGACGCAAUCACAGAGGAGGAUGGUACUACUGCCAUAAAAUCCGAACCAGUAAAGUCUAAAAAAUCAGGACCCUUAAAAUCUGUCCUUAAAAAAUCUGACAAUAAAACAAAAUUAACAAAACGAGACUCUGAUGUGUCGGCAAAGAGUUUUUCAUCGGAUGGUCCACAAGUUCAAGUGAAUGGUGACACGGCAGAUCCAACAGGGGUGGUGGUUGUUCUAAAAGAGGCAAAACAGCAUGUAGAUACAAUAGAACUUAAUAAAAUUGCAACAGUUUAUAAGAAAAAGGCUUAUGAUGUAAGAGACACGAGCAAACGGAAUUCCACUGGUUCAUCAAUGGAGUCCAAAGUUUCUAUUGACACUGUAGACUAUACAAAACUCUCAGGAAGUGCUGAUGAUGUUACAAUACGAAAUAGUCAUAUAGAAAGCAUAGAAAAACCUGUGAUAGUUCCAGCGAGUCAUAGUAGUUAUAUUGUGAAGUCAAAUGGUAGUUCUCCCAAUAUGAAUAGCUCAAAUGGUACGGAAACAACACAAGACACUCAUAUGUAAAACACCAUUCAACAGAACUCCUAUUUUAGUAGCCAACUUACAUAGUUUACUAUACAUGUAUACAUGUUAACUAUUUUGUCUGGAAAAGUACAAAUAAAUAUCGUUUCAUUCUUGAAGCUUUGUAAAAAAUAUCAGAUGGUCAUGUUCGUCAUUGGUCACCUUUUUUUCAUCAAAUUUUCAUCUUUUUCAUUCCUGUACAAAUUGGUAAAAUGUUUUUGCAAUUCACACUCUGUUUCGUCAUGGGCUUUCUCUUUAAAGCCAAUGGCUUCGCACAGGAAACUGGUCCAAUGAUUAAAAUAUUUCAAUGGCCAUGCACAACAUUUUUUUAUUCAUAAUAACCAAAUGACUGAUUUUGUCGCAUAUCUAUGCAAUUAAGAGCAUAAACACAUGCCUGUUGACUUUAUUCCUUGCCAGUUCCACUAUUUUCCACCUAUUUUGACUUUAACAAUAUGGCCACUGUGACAUUGCGUGUAUGAAUUAACAUUUGCCUUGAUGAUUUAUUGCCAGUAUGAACACAUACAUAAAACUCUAGCUUUACAGCAUCCAAUUAUUAUGGAAAUCUAUCCU